AAUAUUGAGGUUAUAUAGGUUAGAAAAAUUGGUGUUUUGGGAAUAUUCUUGGACGUCUUGGGGCUAGUAAUAAAUUUGGGAAUAUGUUCAAACGGAAUUAUUUCCAAAAUAGAAGUGCUUGGGCUUACCGUGGAGCAGCCACGGCUUCAAUACUUGCCUUUGCCGGCUACUAUCUGCCACAUACCCUGUUCCUGAGCAAGUACAAGGAGUUCAUGACGUGCUACCGGGAGGGGUUUGAACCCCAACUUCCGGAUAAGAUAAUGAGACGAUUUGAUACAGCAUGCAGUCUGACGAAGAUGAAGGAGAAGGAAUUGAAAUUGAUAAAGCCAUUCUGUACCUUUGGCCUUGAUCUCUUCCAUGCAGGAACGACAAAAUCGCACUUUGGAGCUGUUGUGGGGAUCCCGAUUAACUAUUUUUACUCAAACGAAGCAGAAAUUGAGCGUCCGAGUAUCAAACUUAAGACAGAAUCAAUUAAAUGGGGUUCUCAGGAAGGUGAACUCCUGGCCAAUUCAAUUGUCCUGACUGAAGAUGAACAAAUCUAUGGAAUUGCCCAUUCGAUUCUCAUGACACACAGUCACCAGAGAAUGCUAAAUGGUCUGUAUGCUUCGGGAUCAAUCAUUGGAACGUACACUCUGGGUCAUUUUCUCAAUCAGCGAAUGCAGCUCCUUUCGCGACCGUUUUUGCUUCGUGGGAUUCUCUAUGCCAUCCUUGGGCUCUUCGGCUUUGGUCUGUGGGCUCUUUUGAAAGAUGCCACUCAUGUGUACUACGAGGGACUGGCAGAUGAUACCCUGGGGGACCUAGGACCAGAAGUUGCGGAUUCCGGAGUGAGAUUCUACGAGAAGAUAAUGGGGAAGAACAAAGCUCUGAGAGGGCUUACAAAGACGAACACGUAUUCAACCGAAGGAGAUAUUUGCUACCUCAUUCGCACCAAGACUUUCCCCUACACUGCCCGGAAAGCUCUCCUUCAGGACAAACUUAAGGAAUACCGAGACAAGGAAGAAAAGGAAAAUUAAUCCUAGAAGAGAAACAUUUUUAGCGUCUUGCAUUUCAAUAUUAUUUUGAAUUAUAGUUAAUAAAGUUAUCUAGUUUUUGUCAAAUGUCUUUGAUUU